AUGAACACAACGGGUGAAAAUAUAGCCAUCCCUACCUCCUGGCAGCCCACUAAAGGUGAUUUUCCCAACUGCACUGAUGUGGAAGCUAGUCUGAAGACUUUGUACCUCCCCAUUAUGUACAGCAUCAUCUUCCUGGUGGGCUUCCCAGGAAAUGUCAUUGCCAUCUGUGUUUACAGCUUCAAGAUGAGGCCUUGGAAGAGCAGCACCAUCAUCAUGAUGAACCUGGCACUCACGGACCUGCUGUACCUAACCAGCCUCCCCUUCCUCAUACACUACUACGCCAGCGGGGAGCACUGGAUCUUUGGUGAAUUCAUGUGCAAGUUCAUCCGCUUUGGCUUCCACUUCAACCUGUACAGCAGCAUCCUCUUCCUCACAUGCUUCAGCAUCUUCCGCUACAUGGUGAUUGUCCACCCGAUGAAGUUCUUCCACGUCCAAAGGAAGCGUUGGAGCGUGGCUUGUGCAGCCAUUUGGAUGAUCUCACUGGCAGCUGUGAGCCCCGUCAACUUCUUGAUCUCCUCUAAAGAGGAAGAAAACAGGUCCUUAUGCCUUGACCUCACCAGCUCUGAAAACCUGGGCACAAUCCGGUGGUAUAACUGGCUGCUGACCAGCCUAGCCUUCUUCUUGCCGCUGCUGACGGUGACUCUGUGCUAUGUGUUCAAUUGCACCUUGGCCACCGGGCUCCAGGCACAGACUGGCUACAAACAGAAGGCUCGCAGACUCACCAUCGUCCUCUUGGUGGUCUUCUACGUGUGCUUCCUCCCCUUCCAUGUUUUUCGGAUAGCUCGGCUUGAACUGCGGUUGUGUACAACCAACUGCCACGUGGAGAAGCAAAUCCACGCCGCCUAUAUCAUCUCCCGGCCACUGGCUGCACUCAACACAUGUGGUAACCUUCUCCUUUACAUCAUGAUCGGAGGUGCCUUCCAGCAGGCCAUCCUCUCCCUCUCAAGGUGCAAGUGGAGCAAAUACAUCCAGCGGCCCAGGAGCAACAAUUACACGAACAAGUCGGAAAUCAAUUUAAGGUUAUGA